AUGGAAAAAUGGUUUACAUAGGGCCCUAGUAUUAGGUCCAGAAGUGAAAUGGGUUUCACAGCUCUGAGAAUUGUUAACACAGCCACUGCCCUCUGUCAGUAUUACUGGUAACUGGAAGUAGAAGUGUUGACAAAAUGUGAAAUGCAGCUCCAUUUUUCCUGCAACUAUCAAGUGAUAGGACAAAGAAAAGAUCUUUAUCUCUCAGAUGGUAGCAUUUCAUUUUAUUCUUUUCAAAGGUAAGCUUGAAGCACUGGUGACCCCCCAAAUCACCAUGUUGCCAUGUGGUAGCUGAGAGAGUGGUUUGCUUCCAUUUUUUCUCCUAGAAGAAAGCCUGUGGCUGCAGGAAAGUCACCACAGCUCCAGGCAUCCUCAUCUGUUCCUUGUAAGAAGGAGGGGUAGGCCAUAUGUCAUCAUGCCCCUGAAAUACAUUAGCAAUACCUCCACAAACUUCUUGAACAGCUGCCUACUGUGCACUGAUUGAUAUAAAGGAAAAUCCACAGCAAAACAGAAAGGAUCCUUCAAGAUUUUACGUUCAGAUUAACUCACUUAGCAUGUACCACAUUUCAUUAACCUCUGUCUUUGAGCAAAUUUCCCUUGAACACAAUCAAGUUUCCAUUUUAAUUUUAAUAGAGUGGGGCAUUUGGUUAAAAAUAAAUCCACGAAGGAAAUCCCUUCCAAACAAAAAAAGAUGUAGUUAAGAUUGCAAGUGAUAACAGGGGACUGUGAGGGAGGGAGCCAACUAUAUCCUGGGCUGCAUUAAAACAGUGGUGACCAGCAGGGAGAGGGAGGUGAUUGUCCCCCCUCUACUCAACUCUUGUGAGGCCCCAUCUGGAGUACUGCAUCUGCACCUGGGACCCCCUGUACAGGAAGGAUGUGGAGCUCUUGGAGUGUGUCCAGAGGAGGGCCACUAAGAUGAUCAGAGGGCUGGAGCACCUCUCCUAUGAGGAAAGGUUGUGGGAACUGGGCUUGUUUAGCUUGGAGAAGAGAAGGCACCUGGGAGACCUCAUUGGAGCCUUCCAAUAUUUGAUGGGACCGUAAAAGCAAGAGGGUUUACAGGAGCUGAUAGUGAUAGGACAAGGGGGAAUGGUUUUAAACUGAGACAGGGAAGGUUUACGUUAGAUAUUAGGAGGAAGUUUUUCACUCAGAGGAUGGUGAUGCACUGGAACAGGUUGCCCAGAGAGGUUGUGGAUGCCCCAUCCCUGGAGGCAUUCAAGGCCAGGCUGGAUGUGGCUCUGGGCAGCCUGGUCUGGUGGUUGGCACCCUGCACAUAGCAGCCAUUCUAUGAUUCUAUGAGCCUGUGGAAGCUGCUCUCCUUUUUUGGCUGUUGUGUCCAGAGUUCGAAAAGUAAUGUCUCUAGAAGUGCUGCAGGUAUUUGGAAUGAUACUGUUGAUGUGGCAUUAAAGGUGGAAUUGCAGCCCACUCUUAACACACUCCUCUUGCUUCUUUGGGGGAAAACAUUUUGGGUCAGGCCUUGUGUCUCCAGGCACACACCACAUGAGCCGAGCUGCCUCCUCCUGCCCCAUCGGCUUUGUAGCUGACCUUCCUAUGAGGUAUCUGGCACGUAACCUCUGAUUGCUGGAAUCUGAAGCUUUGAGGGAACUUCCCAGACAAGAAUUUCCCACCAGGAAAGCAGCUAAUGGCUCAGAAGACCUCUUGUAGCUGACACUCACCUCUGGCUGCAUGGCAAGGCUCAUGGCAGAGAAGGCCCCCACAUGAUGAGCUCCCUGAUUGACACCUCUUACCUCCAGCUGGCUUCCUUUGCACUGGGGACAGUAGGCUGGAUUCUGUGCACCAUUGCCAUGGGACUUGUGGAGUGGAGGGUGUGGCACGUGGACAACACCACCAUCAUCUCCUCUGGCAUCGCCUGGGUGGGGAUUUGGAAAGUCUGCUUCAUCAGUUAUACUCACGUCUCACCUGGCUAUGAAGAGCAGUUCUGCCAUAAAUUCAGUGGUUAUGACUCCUCCAUCCCUGGCGAAAUCUAUGCUGCUCAGGGUCUCCUGGUGAUCGCCAUGGUCAUGGGAUUGCUGGGACUGACCGCCACAAUAUGUGCUCUGAGGAAUAUUUAUAUGGGAAUCAGUCAUAAAACUGCCAUUAUCCGUUUCUUCCUGGUGGGUGGCUUCUUCUAUGUGUUUGCUGGUCUGUGCGUCCUGAUUCCAGUGAGCUAUAACUUCUACUCUGUAACGCAGAACCAGAGCAUCGCCUUCCCUCCCUCCUACCUCAUGCCCUCCAGUCCCGUGGCACAGGAAGCUGGUGCUGCCAUUCCCAUUGGGAUUAUAGCUGCCAUCCUGCUGCUGCUGAGUGGGAUCUUUUCUCUCUCCUACAGAUUCCCUGCAACCACAAACACAUGAAAUCCUGAUGGGAUGAAUUGCUCCAUACAUUUUCAGAGUAUGGUCAAAAUAUAAGGAUGGCAGCAGAAGUGAUUCUUCAAAUAAGAAACUACAGCAUUUUAGUCCACAGUAGCCAGCAUAUGUUGUUAUAAGACUGAAUUAUCAUCUUGAUUGCCAUGUGGGACCAGAAGUUUGUCUUUGAGAUCAUUGCUGUUGAGCAGCAAUGCUAAUUAUUAAGAUUUAUCAGUUGUCCUCCUUAUAUAUACAUAUACAAAGUCUAUGGAUUAACUUAUUUUUUGUGCCAGAUGCUUACUGUGUUCAAAGAGCUGCCUCUGAUUUAAUUGUCCUGUUAGAAAUACGUGGAAUGACACGUGAAAUACAUGGGAUGACAUGUGAAA